AUGCCCAAACGAAGGGUUCGAGACAUCGAAGAGGAUAACACUUAUCUAAGAGUACGAUCAAUUCGUGCGUGUGGCGAGUGUCGUCGACGAAAACGAAAAUGUGAUGGCAAUGCGCCUUGCUCAUCAUGUGCAGGCUACGGAUAUAGCUGUUCAUACGAACCAACAUCUGCCUCAAACAAUACAACCAACGUGACCGAGGAAAAUGAUUCCCGUGGUUACUCUCUGCACAAGGGCAAAUUGACAUCCGCUGAAACCAAUCCACCAAAGCAUCUGGGAAGUGACGUUCUACCAACACGCAAGCCACUUGAGGGCAGCCAGUAUGACCGAAUGCUCACUGUAGGCAGUGCUUUUGCUCUGCCGCGCAAUUUGGGAACUGAAUUGAAUGAUCCUACCCCGCCACGUUUGCAUUCCUUCGGAUAUAGCUUAGGACUUCGCCCAGAGCGGCGAAACAAGUUCGUUUCCAAGAUUGCGUCUUUCCUAUCUGAGAAGAAGUGUCAUGACUUGGUUUCAGUCUACUUUGUUGAAGUCCAUCCGACCUUUGCGUUUUUACACCAAGAUACUUUCUUUCGCCAAGUACAGUCACUAUGGAGAGAUUCGACAGAAAAUCCUGGCUUGGAGGCACUGACAUGCGCAGUAUGUGUACUGGGCUCUUUCUUUUCAAAUCCACCGAAUGAAUACGAGGAAGAGAUUUUCAGCCACUGUCUGUCAAUAUUGGAUAUGGCAAAUGCAGAGCCUGUCGCCCGACCUGAUGAGAAGAUGUUGGGAGCUUGGAUUCUUCGUACCAUCUAUUCUCGACUGACUACUCGACCACGCAUUGCUUGCAUGGCCAGUCAUACUGCGAUGCAAAUUGCAGAGGUCCUUGGACUACAUCGAAGCCCAGAGCCCAGAGCCGAGGAUAGUUCAGAUCAGCCAUACUUGGAUAUGUUCCUAGGUGACUGUCGCCGUCGACUUUUCUGGCUUACUUGGUCGCUGAAUUAUCUCCUGUCUACGGAGUAUGGCUUGACGCCGGUAAUAUUGGCGUCGGUGACAUGUGGUCUGUUUGAUGAUGGCCAUGAGACGCAUAGCGCGAGAUUGGUGUCCUUGAUUCAUAUACUGAAGGACGGGUUCGAAGGAUCCCUGAGCGCAGUCAAACCGGGAGAGGUUGAGCGGCAAAUUCAUCAAAUCCAAGAUCUGGGAACCGGGCCAGCAAUCUUCACUCUGUUUCAAGCUGAAGUAUGCCUUUCUCUGAUGCGAAGGAUUCUGUCAGUGACUCGGGUCAUCAGUAACCCUUGCCAAACAAUCGCCGUCUCUAUCAUCAAGGCAGCUUUGAGCGAGAUGCCAAACAUCCUGACCAAGCAUCAACCCUGGUGGAAUGUUCUCAGCGUGCCGUUCCAAACAGUAUGUGUGUCAUUAGCACUCGAUAACAUUCUGAUCCUCCCUCUGCUUCCAGAUGCAAUGGAGCGUCUCCAAUCUAUCACACUUGCAUACGAUUCGAAACUGGCCAAAGAAGCAUUGUCAACGGCACAUCACCUGAUCAUUGCAUCGCGACAAUACGAAGAGUCAAAAACAAAAUUCAAGGACUUGGCUGUGGCAUCUACAGAUUUGGACUUUGCGCAAUCUGGGAUAGAUUUUGACUUGUUGUGUCAAAAUCCAGCUUUAGAAUCACUUGAAGAGUGGUUCCAGUUUACAAUGUAA